UCAUGUACAGCUAGCUAGCCUAACUGCAGCAAGAUCUGGAAGAGAAGGGGUGCUCAGCUGGAUAAUCAGAUACAUUUCUCUGUGAUUUGUAUACUUGACUCAGGCUGGUUGGGGGUACUCAGCACCCCUAGCACCCCCCCUGGCUACGCCCCUGUUUUGUUGAGGAACAUUUUGAUUACUGGAUGAAGGUAUACUAAGAUUUAGCACCCCCCUAGAGAUGAGGGGACCUGGCGAUGAACAGCUGUUGGAAUGCAGAUCAAACACUAAACUUUUCCAACAAGACCUGUAUUGCAGCGAGUGGAGCUUCGGGUCUAGACGGACCUGCGAUUGCUGGUGUGAUUGUGGGCAUUCUAUUCGUGCUUGUCAUAGUAAUAGCGGUGGUGUUUAUUACCGGCUUCAUUCGACGCCGAUUCUACAUGGGAUCAUCCAAGAUCACUGAUUUGGAGAGAACUGACUUCAUUAAUCCCACGUACGGAGAUGGAGCGAAUAUUUCUAUGGGGACAUUGCAGCUUCCCAGGGCUCCUCCCAACCAGGCUCGGCUGAUCGUGACCCCAGAGUCGACCCUAGAGUUUGGAGAGAUCCUCGGAGCAGGCGCCUUUGGAACUGUCUACGAGGGCUACUGGCGUCCGGAGAACGAUUCCAACAGAUACCACGUUGCUAUCAAAGUCCUCAACGAACAAACUACUAAUUCAGCAGCCAGUAAGGAACUCUUGCAAGAAGGCAUCGUCAUGGCAUCCAUGGACCACGAUAACGUAGUGCGACUAUAUGCAGUAUCCAUGGGGAAAGAGCUGAUGUUGAUCUCCCAGUUUGUUGCACUGGGCUCACUGAUCUCUUAUCUAAAGAAGCACCAAACUGAUCUCAAUGCACUAACAAUGCUCACGUUUGCAGUCCAGAUGGCCAAGGGUAUGGAGUAUCUUGAGGAGAAGAGGAUGGUGCAUCGUGAUCUUGCCGCACGUAACGUGUUAGUUCAUUCCUCCCGUUGUCUGAAGAUCACUGAUUUUGGACUCACGAGGAUUAUUGAUGUUGGGGAGUCCCACUACCAGGCUCAGGGAGGGAAGGUACCCGUUCGCUGGAUGGCACCAGAGAGCCUCCGUAAAAAAGUGUACACUCACAAGUCCGAUGUCUGGAGUUACGGGGUGACUGUGUGGGAGGUGCUAACAUUCGGGGCGCGGCCGUACGGGACAAAGGGCGUACGAGAUCUGAUAAAGGGGGUGGAGGCUGGAGAGCGAUUGGAACAGCCGGCCACUUGCACUAUUGAACUCUACGCUGUGUUGCUCGAAUGUUGGCUGAGAGAGCCUGAGGCCCGUCCUCCAUUUUCUGAAAUCGUUCAGCGUCUAGACGUCUUCUUACAAGAUCCGCUGCGCUACGUCUUCACCACACAAGAUGGCUGUGUCACAAAUUACGACAACCUGCCGUCAAACAUUCUACAAAGUGGUGAGUUCAACUACGAGAACCACACCUUCAGCAGCAACACCUUCACGCUGUCACAAGAGUUUCCGUCGAGUCCCCUCCCCCCUCACACCCAGCAUACCCUCACGGCCGUACAGAGGGGGAGUGUGCCUAAUCCGUACUCCAACUUGGUCAUUGGAAUGCCUUCUCCAAAUUAUGAGACUGACCCAAACAUGCAACAAAGUUUCUCAGGGCUUGAAUCCAGCACCACUCAACACUCAUCACCAGGGACAAAGACCGCCCCCCUCUAUGCUAACGGAGCCACGCCUCACAAACCAGCCAACUACGAAGCACCUCUAUCUCCAAACCUACCCAGUACAGACAAGCGCUACGUUUCAGCCCCUAAACUAGACGAGAUGGGGGAAGACACUUUGACGAGGUCCAUGUCACGUCCAUUAGGGGAUUUCCCUGAGCAAGCGGAAUUCCCCCAGGAUAACGGGUACACACUGGCGGAAGAAGUGGAGGAGGCUACGGGUCCCCCAGGGUACGAGUAUCUCAAUGAGGAAGGGCAGAAGGUUCUUUUGAAUGGUGGUAACUAUGAGGUAUCUGACGACUAUGUCAUUGUCGACCAGGGCCCUCAUCCCCGAAAACCCAGGAAUUACGAGAUGCCCGUUUCCCCAACAACCAACGGCCAAUCAGUUCACACUCCUCUACUCCCUAUGGGCCACUACGAAGUUGAUGAGAACUACAAGCAGGGACUUAUCCCAAACAGUUCCCUCCCAACUGAAGAGUACGACAAAGUAGAUGGACCACAAGACUAUACGGAAAUUGAUGAGACAGCUGCCCCGCAGGAGUACUCGGAGAUUGAUGAAUCGGCCAUGCAAAGAGAGUACUCUGAAAUCGAUGAUGACUUCAACGAAGGUGGAGGCUAUAAAGCUGUGCCGAAAGAGUUUCAGUCUCCCCCGCCAGUGAAAAUGAAGCCUAAUGGUAGGCACACAAAAUCGGAGGUAUUUGAAACCUUUAAUGCUAGCGAUCUGGAUACUGGACCCUCUGCGUGGCGAGGGAGAUCUCGGACGAUAUCUACACCCCCCAGGGAGGAGUACGAGACGCCGAUAGAUGCCGUCGAGAGGAAAGUACAGACACUACGUCAUAAUCCGCCCCCUCAAUUCAUGGACUAUGAAACUCCCAUAGACGCUGCCUAGCAACUCACGUAGCUGUUACUUUUUACUGUAAUAACUGACUAUCAUGUGUGCUUCAUUAUGUUACAUUUUAUUAUGUAGAAUAAUAAUUAUGUAUUUUUACUGAUAGGUUUUGCACUAAUCAUGCGGCCACUGUUUCUUAAAUAUUGGCCAUAAAUAAUUAUAGUGAUAUCCAUGUUGCAGGUUAA